UACCAUAGCACGUGCAUUGGUUGGCAGAAAUGGCGGCUAGGGCAAGUCUCGAACUCAAUCUCCACGGAGAUGAAGUUUCAAAGAUUGUAACCGAGAAGGGAGUUGUUGAAGAGGAAGUAUUUAGUUCUGGACUGAAAGUUCUAAGUUUCACUUCAUGUUCUGCGUUACAAGCUCUUCCGUCCUUUGUGGGUCAUCUGAAGGAUCUUCUAACGCUCACUGUUAGUCACUGUGGUCUUUGUUUGCUACCAGAUGAAAUGGGACAACUGACAGAGCUCAAAUAUCUCGAUCUGUCUUUUAAUGCGCUUGAAAGUUUACCGGAAUCUCUGGGGCAGUGUGUUCACAUGCAGACAAUCAACUUGAGUCACAAUAAACUUCGAGCUCUGCCUUUGUUUGAGAAAGGUCUGGAGACUCUACGGCGACUUGACAUAAGUCAUAACGAGUUUCAAGUUCUUCCUUUACCUGAACUUCGACCUAAAGGUCUUCAUGAGAUGAUUGCCUGUACAAAUCAGUUAACGUCGUUGUCUGAUGAUAUCCAUACUCUUACACUGCUCAAAGAUCUUGAUGUGUCAGACAAUCAGUUAGAAGUUCUUCCUGUGGAGUUGACAGCUUGUACCAAAUUAAAGUGUCUGAAUGUUGAAGGAAAUCCUAUCAAAGAUCGAAGGCUUGCUAAACUGCUGGCCAGUCAUGGUUUAACGAAGCCAAAGUCCAUAUUAGACUAUUUGAGUACAUUUGUGGUCGCAGCAGCAUCUAGUAGUGGAACUAAAUCAACAAAGAGUAAAAAGAAAGCAAAAUCUAAAUCCGUGUCUGAUGAUCAGGUUGUGGAGAAGCCUGUGCGGUUUUUUGUUCGAGUACUUCAAAGUGAUCCAAUUCACACAGUCACAUUUGUGGAUACUGUCUUGCCAGUACGGCCAUUUAUUGUGUGUGUGAUUGUGAAGGGAUUGGAUUUGAGUGCACAAGAAGUAAUGCGGAACUUUAUUUCUCUUCAAACAAAGCUACAUGAAGGUGUAUGUGAGAAACGGCGAGUUGCAACUAUAGCAACUCAUGAUUUAGGUAUGCUUCAAUUUCCAUUGACAUUUGAAGCAAGGCAAUCCUCUGACAUUGAGAUCAGGCCAUUAGGUCAGUCCACUGAUGUGACUGCAGCAGAUUUGGUGCAAGAAUUAUCAGCUUCAAAGAAAGGAGAUAGUACUGGAUUAAAGAGAUUCCUUGGUCUCAUUCCUGAUCCUGAUCUCUAUGCAUGCUUUAUGGAUGCAACUGGAAAAACCAUAUCUUUACCACCAUUAACUAAUUGUGAUCAAACUAAGGUAUCCGCUUUAACAAAAGAUGUGUUUGUCGAAGUAACAUCUAGGAAAAGUGUCGGCACAUGUCGAAUGGUGUUAGACCUUUUUGUAGGAAAAUUAUUAGAUGGACGGUUUGCUUUGUCAGGAAAUCAAGAACAAGAUCUUGAUGAUUGGUUGAGCAAUGAGAAACCACCCGGUCUUGUUGUUCAACAGGUUAGAGUCAAUACAAGCAAUGGAAAGUUACGUGUCAUUUAUCCUUCUCGAGAUGACCUCGUCAUUGACUCAGUCAAAGUCGAACGCUCAUUCCUUCAGAAAUGAAUUGUAAUUUGCUAUGCUUUGUUGUUUUGUAAUUGUAAUAGCAAAUUACAUUGGUAUCUAGAGGGUUCAAUGCAGAUUGUACUACUCUAGUAUGGAAAUAGCUUGUUCAGACAGAGGCAUUGAACUACUACAGUCAUGGGUGUGGCUAUAACUUGUCUUGCAGGAACGUUUCAAACUGUGAAAAUUAUUAGCUAGUGUUCAUGCACAGGAAUGUGGCUGAACAUCUUUGAGGGUAAUACGCACA